GCUGCGCGGGGCCGGUCCCGCCCUUUCGGCCCCAGCACGAGCGGCGUCUGUUUCCCGGCGGCUCCGGCGCGGCGCGAACAUGGCGGACCAGGCCAUCUCCUUCCUCAAGGACUUUCUGGCGGGCGGCGUCGCCGCUGCCAUCAGCAAGACGGCGGUGGCGCCCAUCGAGCGGGUCAAGCUCUUGCUGCAGGUACAACAUGCAAGUAAGCAAAUUGCCGCUGAUAAGCAGUACAAGGGCAUCAUCGAUUGUGUAGUGCGUAUUCCAAAGGAACAAGGAGUGCUGUCUUUCUGGCGAGGGAACUUGGCUAACGUCAUCAGAUACUUCCCAACUCAAGCUCUCAACUUUGCCUUCAAGGAUAAGUAUAAGCAGGUGUUCUUGGGAGGUGUAGACAAGCACACUCAAUUCUGGAGGUAUUUUGCUGGUAACCUGGCUUCUGGUGGCGCAGCAGGAGCCACUUCCCUCUGCUUUGUCUACCCCUUGGAUUUUGCAAGAACCCGUUUGGCUGCUGACGUCGGAAAAGCUGGCGCAGACAGAGAAUUCUCUGGUCUAGGGGACUGUCUAGUGAAAAUCACCAAGUCUGAUGGUAUACGUGGCUUGUAUCAAGGGUUCAAUGUCUCUGUCCAAGGCAUCAUCAUCUAUAGAGCUGCCUACUUUGGAAUCUAUGAUACAGCAAAAGGCAUGCUCCCAGAUCCUAGAAACACUCACAUUGUUAUCAGUUGGAUGAUUGCCCAGACGGUGACUGCUGUGGCUGGAGUGGUCUCCUAUCCCUUUGAUACAGUGCGGCGUAGAAUGAUGAUGCAGUCGGGACGCAAAGGAGCUGAUAUCAUGUACUCUGGAACAAUUGACUGCUGGCGGAAGAUAGCAAGGGAUGAGGGAGGAAAGGCCUUCUUCAAGGGUGCAUGGUCUAAUGUCCUCAGAGGCAUGGGGGGUGCUUUUGUGCUUGUGCUGUACGAUGAAUUCAAGAAAGUCAUUUAAACAACCUAACUAGUAUCCGAAAUCAAGUUGAACAGAUCAUGUAGAAUAACUACCAUUAUGGACCAUUGACCUUCAAGAAAUCCUUGUGAGUCUUAUUUAUCGAAGCCAGAUGAUAUUGGCAGAUGGGGCUAGAAACUGGCAUAGAGGACUGAUCCAUUUCUUGCUUAACAUGCAUAAAAGCACUGAAUCUGGCAAUUCAGUGUGGUGAUUUUUAUUUUUAUUUUUUUCCAGCAAUGAGAAAUCAGUGUCGUUGGUUCUGGGUCCAAAGUGGCUGGGUCCAAUGCAGGCAGAAAAAAUGGUUUUGCCUGUGGAUCAGUCUCCAGUUUCAAGUCCUAUCUUCUAGGACCAUAAAAUUAUAUUUGAAAGUACUUGCUAACAAAUCAUGUUCUUUUCCACACGUACUGAAGCACUAUGUACCAUUUUGCACAGCUGAACAUCUAGCAAUUUUGUUCUUAAAUUGGGGCAUUCUGCUGUAAAACAAUAAACAUACUUACUCUGUCUGUGUUGAAAUUAUUACAUAAAAGAUUUGGGAAAGCCUGUUUUGUUUGAAAACUUGUUUCAGAUAAUGGUUCCUCUGAUACACUGCACUCUGUAACAUCAUAAGCUUGAUUAAAAAAAAAAGUAAUAAUUGAAUGUGAGAACUUUAGGGGGGUGGGGGGAAGCAUGGGUUAUACUAAUAGAAACCACUCCCAUUCUUUGUGCCUGUUAGUGUAUGGUGGGCUGCUGCAAGUGGCUUUUUGCAUGAGUCUUACAAAUUCAUUUGCAAAUUUUCAGAUGAUUUCAAAUGAGUUUCUUUCUGUUGUAGUGUUAGGAGAGCCCAAAGUUCCAAGACAUUCGAAAAGUAGUACUCUUGCCCAUGGUAAAACAGCUUAAAAUUCAUUAAAAAAAAAAUAAUCAAUAUAGAAAGCAACAUGGCAUUCAUGCAAAAAUCCAGAAACCUAGUAAAUGCCUUCAUCUUCUGAGUAACCUGUGUAUUGUAUUGCUGCUGCUAUUUAGAAAUGCUGAUUGUGUCAGUCAGGAUACUGUUUGGCCUGAUGUGUUGCAGUCGUCAGGACCUCUGUGGAAGAUGAAUUUAAUCUGAAACGAGUUGUAGUCAUGGUGUGAGGGAAUACAUAUGCUUCAGUGUGGCUGUAAAGUACAGGUCAAGGUAGGUCAGCCUUCAAUAUUAAUUGAGGUUUGUCAGAAGACCAAAACCAGAUUGAAUAAUUUCUCAUACUGCUCUUUGAGAUAAUGUAAUACUUAUGUGCUGCGCUUCAUAUGUAUAUAAUCUUACUUUUGUACUCUGUAAUCUGAAAAGACUUGGUAGGGGAACCAGUAAAGGGAAGCAAGUUGUUCACAUCUUCAACCAUGUUUUUAAGAACUAUCCCUGUAUCGUAAAAGAAGGAAACGUGUCAUUGUACAAGUCCUUGAAGGCUGACUGAGCUGUCUCAAAUUCUGUUGUGUGCCUUCUGAGGUUGAUGUCAAGAUUAAUUAUUUAAAUUACCUACUUGGCUUUGGCUGAUUAUUACCUUCCUCUCAAUCACAAUUGACCUUCUUCCUUCCACUGUUGCAGAAGCGCCGCUUUCAGCAUCUGUAUGUGCAUGUAAGUACAUUAUGCAGCUACUUUGCAGACUAAUAGCAAACUUGGGUACCUACUGCAAGUGUUUUCAUCCUGUUGGGUAUGGUAGCUCUCUUGUGGUGCAAGCAGGUCAUUUGAUGUUGACCUUACCAGUCAACCUGCUUUUUCAGUUCUACUUAUAUUGUUGGGGGCAGAGGUGGGGCUUGUAGGGGAAGAGUUUUUUGUCUAUAUGAAUACAUUGCUUAAGCUUAUUUUGUAGAUCAGUGGCUUGAAAUGUAGAGUUAGCAGUAGAAUACAUCACAUAACCUCACUGUGAGUGUGUGGUGGCCUAAGCUUUGUGAGGAAGAACCAAAUGUGAUAAUUGCUUGAGCAACUCUUAAAAGUGGAAGAUGAUUCAGACACACACACACAGCCCCCCCUGUCUCCAGAGCUAGGUUUUAACCAGAAGAAAUAGGAGAAGAAAUCAAUGCAAGUGUGUGGUUUUGUUUUGGUUUUUUUUUUUUUUUUAAAGUGGAACUGCAAUUUACCUAAGCUGUGCAUUCAUCAUGUACUAGUUGGUGGGUUUUUUUGUUUGUCUGUCUUUGUUUUUUUUGGUAAAUGGCUUCCCUUAGUUGUGCAGGAGCAGUUUUCAAUGUGUGAUUAUGCAGUGUGGGAUCAUAAGAGGCAAACAAUAAAUGAGACUUUUAAAAAGCA